AUGGCUGCGGCAGAGCAGCUCCUCCGCCUGUUGCCGCCUUGCGGUCGCACCCUCGCCACCUUGAUCUACACCCCCCGCCGGCUCAAUCCGCCGGCCAAUCCCAUCCUCCCCACCAAAGCCAUGCCCCUGAAGCCGUUCGAUUCCCCGUGCCGCUCCCCCCGCCGUCGCUGGCUUCUUGUUCCAGUGCCCAAGGCCUCGCCGGAGGGUGACGACGCCGGCCCCGCCGGCGACGACGACGGGGUCUCCCUCGGCACCAUGAAGCUGCCGCCAAACACCGACCUUACCCGGUUCGAGACACUGCUCUUCCAGGUGAGUGUCAUCAAAUAAUCCCCAAGAGUACACAGCCCCCCACAACCUCUUUCCGAGACGGCGAUCUUGACGGCGCUUUUUUUCAGUGGGCGAAUAGCCUCUGCCAGGGAGCCACUCAACCCCUCCCCGUCCCGCUCAAGGUCGGUACCGCCGCCAUAUCCAUAUCCUUCCUUCUCCUCCGACGACGAAUGAUACGAAUAAUAUGAACGGUGGAUCACCGGCCGCUGCAGGUAGACAGGGUGAGGGGAGGCGCCCGGCUGGGCUUCGUGAAGAUGGGAGAUGGAGAGGUGGAAGUGCCGGUUUACAUCGACUGCUUCGUCGUCCCGGCGAGCGGCGGCGCCGCUGGCCCGAUGUUCAGGGCCGUACGGAACGGGCCCCAGAAGGACGAGGUCGCCCCCGGCGAGCAGAGGAUAAUGAGGAGCCUCCUUGAAGCGCUGCAGAAGUCGGUGCAGAUCGCCACCGCUGCCUGA